GCCUGCCCUUCAAGGCGACCGUGGGGGACAUCCGGGCCUUCCUGGGCGACUUCGCGGCGGAGCUCGACGGGGAGGACGCGGGCGUGUGGAGCGGAUGCAAGCGAGUGCACAUCUCCUUCAGCUCCUCCGCCCCCAUCAGGUACCUCGUGAAGUACUUCUGCUUCAUC